AUGAAACAGACAAACUGCUCCUUCGAUGAUGUGAAUGAACAGAUACGAAUCUUGCAGCUGAUAGUCCACAUUCCCACCUGCAUUCUGGGCUUAAUCCUCAACGUGCUGGCCAUCCGAAGUUUCAGCAUCUUCCUGAAGAAGAGGCGGCCAUACUACGCUUCCACUUGCAUCUGCAUGAUCAACCUGGCGGUCUUUCACCUGCUGCUGGUGCUCUCCCUCCCGUUCAAAAUGUUUCUCUCCAACAAUAAGUUGUAUCAUUUGCCUUCCUUCUGCACCAUGAUAGAGUGCCUCUACUUUGUCAGCAUGUAUGGAAGCAUCUACACCAACUGCUUAAUCAGUCUAGACCGCUUCUUGGCCAUCCAGUACCCACUCCUGUCCAGCUACAUCCGCUCGCCCAAGAAGAUCGCCAUGACCUGCUGCAUCAUCUGGGUCCUGGUGGGGACUGGAACUAUCCCUAUCUACAAGUUCCAUGAGCCAGAGGGAGAGUUCAGAUGCUUCCACAACCUGUCGAAAAGCACCUGGAGUGCGGAAGUCAUCUUCCCCUUAGAGGUGUUUGGGUUCCUUCUUCCCUUGGUCAUUGUUGGUUUCUGUUCCUCCAAAUGCAUUCACAUUCUCCUUGGCCGUCGGGACUACACCCAGGACUGGAUCCAGCAGAAAGCUUGUAUCUACACCAUCGCAGUCAAUCUGGCUGUCUUUGUGGUCUCCUUUCUACCAGUGCAUCUUGGUUUCUUUCUACAGUUCCUGGUAAGGAAUGACAUUAUCCAGGAGUGCAGAGCUCAGCAGAACAUCAGCUUCUUCUUACAAUUGUCCCUGUGUCUCUCCAAUACCAACUGCUGCCUGGAUGUUUUCUACUACUACUUUAUCAUCAAAGAAUUCCGAAUGGACAUCAUGGCACACCAGCCUUCCAGCAGCCACCUGGUCCUUCAGGACACAAUGACCACCAGGACCGGAGGGACAAGAAAUUGCUCAGAUGAAAAUGACCUCAGCCCCGAAUUCUAG